AUGGCUGAGGCUUUGUUGGGAAUUGUGAUUCAAAACUUGCAAUCUUUUGGCCAAGACCAACUUGCAACGUUUUGGGGUGUUGACAAACAGACUUUAAAGCUUUCAAGCAAUCUCAGCGCAAUUCGUGCUGUCCUCAGAGAUGCGGAGAGAAAGCAAAUAACAAGCCAUGCUGUGAAGGAUUGGCUGCAGAAACUCACAGAUGCAGCGUAUGUGCUUGAUGAUAUCUUGGAUGAAUGUUCGAUUCACUUCACAAAGAUGCACUCUGAUGAUGGACAUAUUUCAUGCCUAUCCCGUCUCCAUCCCAGUGACAUUCUCUUUCGUUUCAAUAUUGGCAAGAGGAUGGAAGACAUCACCCAAAGAUUUCAUGACAUUCAUGAAGAAAAGAGCAAGUUUAAUUUAGAACCUGGUGUCACAGAGGUGGUGCAAACAGUGGAUGACGAUUGGCGCCAAACUAGCUCUGACAUUACAGAACCUGUAGUUUAUGGAAGAGACCACGAUCGUGAGCAAAUUGUGAAGUUUCUUCUGGAAGAUGCUAGUAACAGUGAAGACCUCUCUAUCUAUCCCAUAGUUGGUAUGGGUGGACUUGGAAAAACAACAUUAGCCAAGCAGGUUUUCAAUGAUCACAGGGUAUGCAAACAUUUUGACUUGACAAUUUGGGUUUGUGUUUCUGAUGAUUUCAACACCAAGACAAUACUACAAUCCAUCAUGGAAUGUAUCACCGGAAAAAAUCCCAAUCUCAAUAGCUUAGAAGCAAUGCGGAAAAAGGUUGAAGAAGUGUUGCAUGGUAUGAGGUAUUUACUUGUUCUUGAUGAUGUGUGGAAUGAAGAUCAAGAGAAAUGGGAGCAGUUGAAGGGAAAGUUGCAGUGCGCAAGGGCAGCAAAAGGAGCUACCGUUUUGGUCACUACUCGACUCGAGGAAGUUGCUUCCACCAUGCAGACGCAACCUGCUUACCAUUUAAAAAAAUUAUCAGAAGACGACAGUUGA